AUGGCUUUAAAGAAGUUAACAAAUAAGGUAGCUCUUGUAACAGGUGCCAAUAAAGGCAUGGGAUACCAAACAGCCUUGGCUCUAGCCUCUAGAGACUGGAAAGUAAUAAUGGCGGAUAAAGACGACCAAACUGAAUCUCGAAGAAAGAUUAUCGAGGAGACCUGCAACGAAAACGUAGUGGUCGGACACUUAGAUUUGGCUUCUUUUAAGUCCGUUAGAAGCUUUGCUAAGGAGAUAACAGACAAAGAAGAACAUUUGGAUGUUCUGAUAAACAACGCAGGGAUAUUUUGUAUGAAGAAUAGGAGAACAUACGACGGAUUGGACGGUGUUAUACAAGUGAACCACCUAGGGCCUUUCUUAUUGACAAAUCUGCUCUUAGAUUCGCUGAAAAAAUCAGGUAAAGGCAGAAUUAUCUUCGUUACAUCUAACGGGGCAUUCUUCCACAACUUAACAUUGGGGUCACUACUACAACCAAAACUAUUUUUUCCUAAUAUUUUAUCUACAACUUUAAAUUAUUACAACUCAAAACUGUGUAAUAUGAUAGCUUCCAAAGGUUUUGCGGAACGUCUAAGAAACUCUAAAGUAACAUGUAAUUGUCUUCAUCCAGGAAUGACGAAUACAAGCUUCUUGGUUAAAGAUUCCAAAGAAGAUGGUUAUCUGGAAAAGAUAAUGAAACAAGUUACGAAAAAUGCCUUGAAAUAUACCACGAAUGACGCGAAGAAUUCCGCAGGAUUAGCAGUAUUUUUGGCUACCUCCAAAUCCGUACAAGGUGUUACUGAAGAAUAUUUCGUGAAUUAUCAGAUACACAGACAGCCGCAAGUAUUGGACGAUGCGAAGUUUUGCAACAAGAUCUGGAAUGAAAGUGAGAAAUUGGUAGGAAUUAGUGGCAAAGAAAGUGAUAUAGUGUAA